AUGAUCUUGGCUCAGAUUCUCGGGCUGUCGCUCUUCGGGUCAGUAAACGCUGCUACCCUCGGGAAACGCUUCUCUAGUGCGGGUUUUGCAACUGGUGAAACGGACCCAAAUGUAAACCGUGGCUGUACCUACUGGGCCAACUCGAUCAAGUCCACCGACACUUGUGCGGCAUUGGAGCGCUACUACGGCAUCACUACGGCGCAGCUUGUUUCCUGGAACCCAUCCCUGACAGCGACUGACUGCACCCUGAAUGAGGAAUGGAGCUAUUGUGUGGAAGCUCCGACGGUUCCGACCACCACCGAGAAGACGACUACAACUACAGAGACCCCAGCCACUACCACCUCUACUUCUACAGGUGCAGGAGCCACUACGACCACCGCGGUAGGCCCAUCUCCCACUCAAACUGGGUUGAUCUCCUCCUGCAAUGCCUUCUAUUACGUGCAGAAGGAUGAUUCUUGCUGGGGGAUUGCCAAUUCAUAUGGCAACUUUACUGUAGAACAAUUCUACUCAUGGAACCCUGCUGUGAAAGCCGACUGUUCCGGACUUCAGCCAAGCUACUAUGUCUGCGUUGGCGUUGCCGGGUCCACUUCUUCAACGACCACCUCCAAAGCAACGACGGCCUCACCAACAACCACAUCUGCACCCCACUCGCCCCAGCAAAGUGGGAUCAUAUCUAGCUGUAACAACUACUAUUUCGUAGAAGCUGGCGAUGGAUGUGUUCUUAUUGCAACCAAGCACGGCAUCACACUUGGUGACUUCUACGCCUGGAAUCCCGCAGUCGGCUCAAGUUGCAGCAGCCUCCAGGCAGGCUAUUGGGUCUGCGUUGGUGUUUCCGGUGGCACGACAACGACCCACGCAACCACGACAAAGACUACAACCAGCACAACUACCGCCGGCACUGGGCCCACUCCCACGCAGUCUGGCAUUACCGCCGAUUGUUCGGCCUACUACCAGGCCCAAGAAGGUGACGACUGCUGGUCGAUCAUCAACAAGAAGUACUCCUACCUCACAGCGGCCAAAUUCUACGAAUGGAAUCCGGCGAUCGGCCCAAGCUGCAGUAACCUGCAACAAGGGUACUACUAUUGCGUUGCGACUAAGAGUGAAGGGCCGAUGCCGGACACCAUCAGCUCAUGCGCGAAGUGGCAUCUUGUGGCUAGUGGCGAUAGCUGCUGGUCAAUCGAGCAACAGUACUCCAUUACUUCCACGCAGUUUGACAGCUGGAAUCCGUACGUGGGGUCUUCCUGUACGACUCUGUGGCUAGGAUAUUAUGUCUGUGUUGGUGUUUAG